UACAUUUGGUAAUGCUCUUGCUCUCUCUUACACACACACACACACACACACGCUUCAUCUUCAAUUCACCCUAAACCAUUAACCCAACCACUCUCUCUCUCUGAUGCUAUCAUCAUGAUUCUUCUCUGAAUAGAAUACAGAUAAAGUAUUUCCCACGCGAGAAUCUGAAUUCGGGUCGGGUAAAGCGGGUAACCGAAGUCACAUACAGUGAUGAUGUUCACUUCUCACCUUCCAUCCAUUUCUUGAAUCAAACUCCAAAUCAAAAUCUUACCUUUUCAACAAACAAUAAUAAUAUUUGAAUUGAAGAAGAAAAAGAAGAAGAAAGAAAUAAUCAAUAAAUCAAACAUGACGGAAGUGCUUCAAUUGCCUUCACCUUCAAGCUGUUCAACAAGUCCAUGUGUUCGUCUCACACCCAAUGAUGUCUCACACCAAACAACUUCCCUUAUUAACAACAAUUCAACACUUCAACAACAUUCCCAACAAGAAGCAGAAAAGGACCAACUUUCUAUUUUGACUCUUUUGAUUGCUACUUUUAGGAAAUCUUUGAUUGCUUGUAGCAGCACUGGUGCGGCUCUUCAUACAAGAACUGUUCCUUCUUCUUCCAUGGAAAUUGGCUGGCCUUCUGAUGUUAGACAUGUUGCUCAUGUUACCUUUGAUCGUUUCCAUGGUUUUCUUGGUUUGCCUGUUGAAUUUGAACCUGAGGUUCCUAGGAGGCCUCCAAGUGCUAGCACAAGUGUUUUUGGUGUUUCAACAGAAUCAAUGCAGCUUUCUUUCGAUGCCAGAGGAAACAGUGUACCUACAAUACUGCUGUUAAUGCAAAGACAUCUGUAUGCACAAGGAGGCCUGCAGGCUGAAGGAAUCUUCAGAAUUAAUGCUGAAAAUAGUCAAGAGGAGUUUGUGAGGGAACAAUUGAACAGAGGAGUGGUACCAAAUGGCAUCGACGUGCACUGCUUGGCAGGUCUUAUAAAGGCUUGGUUCAGAGAACUUCCAACCGGGAUACUGGACCCUCUUUCGCCAGAGCAAGUAAUGCAGUCCCAGUCAGAAGAAGAAUGUGCUCAGCUUGUGAGGCUUCUUCCUCCAACAGAAGCUGCCCUCCUAGAUUGGGCAGUAAACCUAAUGGCAGAUGUUGCUCAACUGGAACAUUUGAACAAGAUGAAUGCGCGUAACAUUGCAAUGGUUUUUGCACCAAACAUGACUCACAUGGUAGAUCCUUUGACUGCUCUGAUGUACGCUGUACAAGUCAUGAAUUUCCUCAAGACUCUAGUGGUGAUGACAUUGAAAGAAAGAGAGGAGUCUAUCACAAAAUCGAAUCCUGUUUCAAACCUAAAUUCUUUUGAUGACGAUGGGCAUCAGAGUGAUUCACAGGUGCUUCUCAAGGAUGGCAGUGAAUAUGGAAAUGAUUGUAGUGACGAGGACACAGAUUUUGUCACUGCUGACCCUUCGCAACAAAGCCCUACACAUCUUUUUAAAGAUGGCAGUGAAACUGAAAGCGGAUCCAAAAGUCUGCCAACGUCUAUCGAAAAUUUUAUUUCAAGUGGUAACAGGUUGCUGGUUGAUAGUUGUCCGUGCAAUGUUGUCUCUCAAAUUUGCUCUCUGGCAAUUGGACUUCAAGACGGUAUUCUUACGACUGGUCAGACAAAGGGCGAUCAAACAAAAAUUUGCAACAGCAAGAGCGUGGAGAAGACUAGGGGAAUUGCACUUAUUGGACGAAUAAAUUCAAGAUCUGAGUUGGCCGAAGCUUGGCGUUGAACGUGAAAAGGAAUAUGUUUUUUUUCUUAUCUUGCUGUCUGGGGGAUGGAAUGGACGACAGAAGAAAAUUCGUACUCCAAAAAUAUUUCUGCAAAUGUCAGUUGCAUCGUUGCCGAUGUCGUAGUGGAGUCAUUGCAUAAGGUCUUUCUGGGAAGGGAAGGGAUGACAAGGGUGUAAAGUGGUCUGUGCGCGUUACCACGUUGAUUUGUUGUGUGUUUUUCUGUUAUAUGUUUUCGGGCGAAGUUCUUAACCAUGUUGUUCAUUCUAUUUCAUUAACAACCCCGCAUAGUACUUAACAUUUGUUUUCUGGGUUCCUGAAUGAUAGAAUUUGAUGAUUUGGAGAAUUGCUUGUUACUUUCUUUCACCUUUGUUCCAAUGAAUUUAAGUGUAUAUUUUGAA